AUUUGAUGUCUGUUGCAGCUGUGCGCUGAGAGCCACAGUAGCAGAAGCGCACGCUGUGUUAUUACCAUGGCUCAGUUUAAAUACUGGAGACGCGUGUCUACUCUUUUCUAAAACACAGCCUGUAGUUGAAAGUCGGAAUUCGUUCUAUUGAGAACAAACGAGAUCGUUGCCAUCAGUUUGUCUAUCGUCUAUCAUCUGACAUUCAUUUGGGAUUAAAAUGGUCAUCAAGGUUUACAUCGCCUCCUCAACUGGCUCUAUCGCGAUAAAAAAGCAUCAGCAGGCAGUGGUGGGUUUCCUGGAGGCCAAUCGAAUCGGCUUCCAGGAAGUAGACAUCACCAUGCUGGAGGAGCAGAGGCAGUGGAUGUACCGAAACAUCCCGAAAGACAAGCAGCCAGAGAAAGGCAACCCACCGCCUCCACAGAUCUUCAAUGAUGAUCACUACUGUGGGGACUACGAAGACUUCUUCCAGUCAAAGGAGGACAACACUGUGUUUGCAUUCCUUGGGGUCAGUGCCCAGCCCUCAGUGAAAGACUCUGAGUCAUAGCUGGGAUCAUACUGCUGGUAUGUGACGACAAGGGACCCUAAACUACGAGGACCAAAACUGCAUUGCUUCCUGUGUUGCAUCACCUCUUCUCCCACGUUCUUCCUGCUUCAAAGCCAGCACCUUGCCAAACAUCAGACUCCACGGAUCUCACCCUGAACGACCUCUCCUGACUCUUCAAACGCUCAUUCCACUAUCACUUAAGUCUCCAACAAGUAUCUGAUGAUCAACAGAUACUAAAUCACAGAAGAAAGGGGAUUAACUUUAUUAUGUUUCAUGUUUACUUUUUUCAUGUUUAACACACUGUCACAACAAUCUAUCAGUAGCAUCCAUUCUGAGCAAACUAAAUGUAGCAGCUUUUGCUUCAGGAGAACAGUUGCCUAAGUUCGAUGUUUAAUGCUGUAGAUGAAGAAUAAGAUGAAGCGCAGCUUAAGUCACCUGAACACAUCACCCUUGUGUGUGUAUGCCUUAGUGAGUGUGUGUUUAUGUGUCUGUGUUCUUCAAUCAGCAGUUGUUAAUAAUAGCUGUGUAUAUUGAGGGAGGAUAAGAGUUAGCACUUAAUUCCACAUUAAACAACUUGAGGUCUAGCUAUCA